ACGCAAACUUCGCACACCCAGUCAUGAAGGCCAUAAUAGCCGUCCCCGCGACCGCUGCGCUAGUAUACCGGGCAUAUUCGCGCAAAUCACUCACGCCCGUCGGUAUUCUCACAUCUAUCGCAACAGCAAUUGCACAUGCGGUGCAUCCUUGGAGUGUGUUCUUCGCGCUGCUUGCCGUCUUCUUUCUGUCUGGGAGCACCGUGACGAAAGUCAAACACGAAAUCAAAGCAAAGCUUACGCAGUCUGCGAUAGGCGCCAGCGGUGGUGAGGGGACGCGGAACCAUGUUCAAGUCCUCGCGAACUCUGGUAUAGCUUCGGUGCUAAUACUGCUACACCUUUGGCAACUGCGAAAAGAAGGGAGAUAUGAUGACAAACAUCUAUGUUGGAACAGAGGCAGCGAUGCGCUGGUCGUCGGUAUUGUUGCCAACUAUGCUGCUGUCGCUGCAGACACCUUCUCCUCGGAACUCGGUAUUCUGUCCAAGACGAAACCCCGUCUCAUAACAGCUCCAUGGCGCGUGGUCCCCCCGGGCACAAAUGGAGGGGUAACGGCGACUGGGCUUGGUGCAGGCUUACUCGGAUCAUUCAUACUGUCAGCCACGUCCACGCUGCUCGUACCAUUUUGCAAAGAUUGGACCUUGACUUCGAAGGUUAACUACACCCUCGCUCUUACAAUUGCCGGCUUCUGCGGAACACUCCUGGACUCUCUUCUGGGCGCACUCUUUCAGGCCAGCGUGGUAGACGUUCACUCGGGAAAGAUUGUAGAAGGCGAGGGAGGCAGGAGAGUUCUUGUACACAGCAGCAACCCAGUGCAUGUCUCUAAAACAGCUCAGGUGCGCAGUAAGAUUAGUAGUCGGGCAGAAGGUAAAGACGGUAUUCCGAAAACAAGUGGGAUAGAUACAGCAACUUCACUCAAAGCUUCAGAGACGAUGAUGAAGGCGGGGGCAAGUGGGAAUGCGGUCGCUGAUGCUCAACAUGAGAGCAGAAAGAUCGAGGUUGGAAGUGAUUUGUUGGAUAAUAACGCCGUCAAUGUCCUCAUGGCGGGCUUGGUAAGUAUGGGUGCAAUGGUGACGGCUUGUUUUGUGUGGGACCUGCCAUUGAGCAGCAUGGUUGGAAUGUAGGCAUGCACAUCUAAAUAGAAAGCACUGCAACUUGGGUAAUACCAACCAGUGAGGA